UGUACGGUAUACACAUUGCAACUCCAUCAAAAGCGUGGGACUGAUUCAUAUGUGUCUUAUUUCUCUCCUCCAGGUUCUCGAGGGCUUGGAUUACUUGCACACGAAAUGCAAGAUCAUCCACACAGACAUAAAGCCAGAGAAUAUCCUGCUGGAUGUGAAUGAGGUGUAUGUGAGACGACUGGCGGCAGAGGCCACGUUAUGGCAGAAGACCGGAGCUCCGCCCCCUUCUGGCUCCUCCGUUAGCACGGCCCCAAGGGAAAAACAGACGGGUAAAUUAUCAAAGAAUAAGAAGAAGAAAUUGAAGAGGAAAGCCAAACGGCAGCAGCGUCUGUUGGACGAGAGGCUGUUUGACCUGCAGAGGAUGGAGGAGUUGGAUGGAGUUUUGCCGCCGGAUGCUUCUGGAAACACACGAGCGCUCUGGAGGCUCAGCGAGGAUGGAGAGGGUGACGACAAACACGCACAAAUGAACGGUAACGGACACUCUAUAGGAGCUCUGAAUAAACACAGUCCAGAAUCGGGCUCGUCAUGGUUGGAGGAGGGCUGUAACGGCUUCGGACCCCUGCGCUUCUCCAGCCCUGGAUCGGGCCUGUCCGGCAUGUCUGGCUCCAUCCUGUCAGCUACCUCCGAGUCAGCUCUGUCCACUCUGUCCGGAUACUCCACGGAGCGCUCACUGCUCUCUCCCAACACGUGCUCUGCUGCUGAUUUCUUAGUGAAUCCUCUAGAACCUCAGAACGCAGAUAAAAUACGCAUCAAGAUUGCAGACCUAGGCAAUGCAUGCUGGGUGCACAAGCACUUUACCGAGGACAUCCAGACUCGCCAGUACCGAGCUCUGGAGGUGCUGAUCGGAGCCGAGUACGGACCCCCCGCUGACAUAUGGAGCACUGCGUGUAUGGCGUUUGAGUUGGCGACUGGAGACUAUCUGUUUGAGCCUCACUCAGGAGAGGACUACACUCGAGAUGAAGAUCACAUAGCUCACAUCAUUGAGCUGCUGGGUCCCAUUCCUCCACACUUCGCCCUGUCAGGCAGAUACUCCAGAGAAUACUUCAGCCGAAGAGGUGAAUUGAGGCACAUCUCCAGCCUGAAGCCGUGGGGGCUGUUCGAGGUGCUACUAGAGAAGUACGAGUGGCCGCUGGAUCAAGCAGCCCAGUUCAGUGACUUCCUGCUCACCAUGCUUGAGUCCAUCCCGGAGAACCGUGCCACAGCCGCCGAGUGUCUACAGCACCCCUGGAUCAACUCCUAACGCGCCGUUUUCCUUGUGUUCACUGCCUUUGUGCGGUCUGCGUCAUUUAGGUCCGUCUGAUCAUUUGGUGCACACACACAUCCACCUUUCAGAGCAUAAACUCACUGCUAAGGUAAAACCUACUGGAGAUACAGUAUCUGAGCACAGACCUAGCUAGAACCUCAAACCUAUGUUGUUUUUUAUAUAUUUAUUUAAAGAAGCUUUGAUCUCUGAACAUGAUGGAGACAAUGUCUGUAGUCAGAGUUUUCAUUGUACGGUCAUUUAAUUGUGUAGAAGGGUGACAUAUUUAUAUGUUAAAAUAGUGCCUUGACAUGCCAUCUGCAAAAACAAAAAAGUAAAAAAAAAAAAAAAAGCCCUCACCUUUUUAUAUUUCUCUGCGAAUAUGUGUGAGGAGUGCUUGUUUGUGCACAUACAGAACACUGUAUGAAUACUUGACUGAAUUCAAUAAAGACUUGAGCUCUUAAACCCUGUGUACUGAAGAAUAAAGGCUCACUUACAAACACAGAUGUCAUAAUGGAGUAUUUUUUUUUUAAUAAUCUUCAUGUGGUUACGAUAAUGUACUGUAACAAUGGAGCAUAUU